GAGCUCCGGCGAGGGGAGGGAAGUGGCAGGGAAGCGUCUUCGUCUUAUGGAGUGACGAACUGACUGACUGCCUGCCUGUGUGUGGACACCGUAUCGGCGAACGAGUGGCAACUGAGUCCGGCAAAUUCUUAGCUUAGCUAGCUACAUCCUCUCUCCCGCACACACUGGGUCCCGAUCUGGAAUCCCCCUUCCACGCGUUGCGUCCACGCGUUCUCCAUCCCUCACUUUCCCAUGCUUGGCUCCUCUUUGGGUCCUUGUGCUCAUGAGGAAUGGCUCUCUCAGGUGUGUUGAGCUUUCCAUCGUUUUGCGGUUUCGGGGAUUGAUGGGACCUGCAUUGCUGCGUUCGUGCUACACAAGCAGAGAAAACAUACAGCCGAAGCGAGCAUUUUGGCUUGGAGAAACGCAAUCUUGUCAUUAGGGGGCCAUGACAGCAAGUCAUCAAUCAUGAUGGUGAUGGGCGAGCUUUGGCCAUGUUGACAUGAUAAGGUACCAUGCGAUUAGGUUACCACCUUUGGUGCAAGUCUUGCUCAAGCUUGUAAAGAGAUAGUUUUUACUCGGACUAUCUACUUCUGGGAGAGUGAGGACUCUCAUGGUGUAACAUAGAUUUUGUAUACGGGUUUGUUGAUGGAACGUGGCUGGCUGUAGCGUUUUACAUCUGUAUACCUCGCUUCAGUUGUGAUUUUUAGCCAAAAUGCUGCACUCACUGCAAAAUAGACCGGCAGUGCAAAAGAUCACUUACGAUCGGGUAAAAGUUCAGUCUCCGGAUGGGGGAAACCUAAUUAUUCCUAAUCCUAUGGUGAAGAGUAGGAAGGUGGGUAUCAGAACAUGGAUGAGAUUUGAUGCAACUGGAAAUUCUGAGAUUUUCGAAUGUGACAAGAACGAUCUUUUAAAACGUGUUACCGUGCCUGCGAGGGAUCUUCGCAUUAUGGGACCAAUAUUCUCACAAUCCUCCCAUAUUCUAGCAAGGGAGAACGCGAUGGUGGUAAAUUUGGAAUUCGUGAAAGCUAUAAUUACAGCGGAAGAGGUUUAUAUUCUCGACCCCUCCAACCGGGACGUUAAACCAUUUAUAGAGCAGCUUAGUAUGAAACUUCUUCCUCAGAACGCGUUACUGAUCGAUUCAGGGGUCUUAAACACGUACUCUACAGAACAGUUGUGUACAACAGAGGAUGAACUACCUGAACAGCUUCCUUUUGAAUUUCAAGUUUUGGAAAUUGCCCUUGAUGUGGUUUGCAACCAUCUUGAAGCAAACGUGCAUGACUUGGAAAGGACGGCGCGUCCAGCUUUAGACAUGUUAACCAGAGGGAUUAGUACGAGGAGUCUUGAGCUCGUCCGAAUGGUCAAGACUCGGCUCACUCAUUUAAGUGCUCGAGUUCAGAAGGUCAGGGACGAACUUAUGCAACUCUUGGACGAUGAUGAGGAUAUGUCAGACCUGUAUCUGACUCGGAAGCUACUACAAGCACAACAUCCAGAUUCUCCGCUCUUAACCAUCAAUUCAGACGCCAUGGUCACGAUGAGCUCAACAGCACCACGCACAUUAGCUCGACUGAGUUCGAUGAGGAGUCACGGUCAUACUAGCCGCCUUAGCUCGACUUUACAUAGCUCGGGCAGAGUCUAUGAAGUUGAGGAGCUGGAGAUGUUACUAGAGGCCUACUUCAUGCAGGUUGAUGCUGGCCUUAACAAGCUCUCGCUGGUACGAGAGUACAUUGAUGAUACGGAGGACUACGUCAACGUUCGGCUUGACCACCAAAGGAACCAGCUUUUUCAGUUUCAGAUCACUUUGGGUGCAACGGCCUUGUCUGUCGCAGCUGCCAUGAGCAUAGUUGGAGUCUUCGGCAUGAAUAUCCACAACACAGAUCCAUUUCAUAACCCUGACUGGUUGGCGCCAACCUUAUGCAGCAGUAUGUUCACUGCAUUCUCUAUUUUUGUGAGCAUAGUGGGUUAUGUGCACUGGAAGGGACUCUUCGAGAAGUAACCAACAACUAGUAUCUAUCCAGUUGAGCAGGCCAAGAUGUGAUAUAUUUGUAAGUAGAUUGACGUGACUGUGGUGACCGAGGAUCAUUGUGCAGUAGCUUCGCAGAUAAUAUUAAUCUUUCAGUUUUGCCACUGAUUAAAAGCGCUACAAUAUGUUACUGUUACAACUUUUUGGAGGUUUGUUUUCAAAGAAAAAUAGACCGGAGGCUUCAUGUUGGGCUUCGUGGAUUUAAAUUAAUUGAACUUUUAAAUGUUAAAUAUUUAUUGCCUAUUUAUAACUUUUGAUUCA